AAAAUUUUGAAAAAUAUUGCGAAAUAUUUAUAAUUAUCUCACGUUUUUUUAAUUAGCUUACUUAUUGUAAGAAAUACUUAAUGAAAACUACAUUAUUCAGUUUACUGGAGUUUCGGUCGGCAGAAUUAAUCGGUAUUACACAACCUGUAAUGGGUUUUGUUUCGAGAACGAUUUGCUGAUAAUAUACUGAAAUGCCUCACACUGAAGAAGAAGAUAAGCCCUGUCGGGCGUGCACGGACUUUAAGUCAUGGGCCAAACAGCAGAGUAAGGCAUCCUUAGCACCUCAAAACAAAUCGCCGGCGCACCCACCAGACUGUCCCUUAGAUAAGGAGGAUUUAGGCCACUCGACAUGGGGUUUCCUCCACUCCAUGGCUGCAUACUACCCUCAGAAACCAACAGAGAAUCAAGAAAAGGACAUGAAAAAAUUCUUCCACAUAUUUGCGGAGUUUUAUCCUUGUGAACCUUGUGCUCUGGACUUCUGGGACGACAUACAAGAAAACCCACCGCAAACACGUUCAAGGGAUGCACUUAGCAAAUGGCUAUGCGACCGACACAAUACGGUGAAUAAAAAACUUGGUAAACCUAUGUUUGACUGCAGCAUGGUGACAGAAAGGUGGCGAGAAGGGUGGAAAGACGGAUCCUGUGAUUAGGGCAUGUAUUGCAGGGAGAAUAUUACCAGAUAGUACAAUUCUUUGAAGUACGAUUUAGACAUUGCAGGCUUUAAGACAUACAAUUGUAUUUUAGAAAGGGUUUGGAAUAUCUAUGCAGCAAUAUCCUACAUCCAAUUUUUGUAAAUGCUUACAGACUGUAUGUUAAAGAUUAUCUUUGUAAAAAUAUGUAAUAUAAAUGUGUCAAUUACAACAAUUUCCUGGUAUCUAAUUAGCAAAUUUUUUGCAGAAAAGUGUAUCAAUUUAGCAAAGUGCAUCAAACUCAGCACCAUCAGUAUCUACUUACCUCUGAGUGACCAAGGUUGUCCAUAUAUUCAAUCAAUUUUGAGAUGAUUAUCUGGUAACAUUUUACCCUGUAUCUCUAUUAGUUUAAGAAGGUGUUAAGCAUUCGAAAUAGUGUAAAAGUGGUCCC